GAGUGUUGGAUGAGCUUGCAUCUCCUGACCUGCGACUGCUUGAUGUUACGCUGGGAGUGGGCAACGUCGUGCUACCGCUGUUGAAGAGGUAUCCUCAUGCUCGUGCCUGGGGGAUGGACAUCAACCCCACUGCCGUCGCCUUGGCCCGCGAGAAUGCUGACGGCAACGGGCUCGGGCAACAGGUUGGCGCCUUCGAGCAGCAGGACUUGAAGGACUUCAAGCCGAUGCAAGGGCAGACGUCCAGCUUUCACUUGAUCCUUGCAAACCCUCCAUACUCUGCAGAGAAGGCAGAGCGCUUGAAGAAUUACCAGGAGCAGUCUGAAAGUGGGAAGUCAGGGUCACUCCUUCUUUCGGUGGCCCACUUGGCCCAAGCUGCUUUGGCCCCAGAGGGAAGGCUGGUCUUGCAAGUUCCUCAAGAGGAGACAGGGUUCAUUGCACGCGUGCUGUGCGCAGAUGGACACUUGGUCGUCGAAGACGAGACUCGCGCGCGGACCAUGGCCACUCUGCAGGACGCAGUUCUGCGAAACGCGGAGGCAGCGGGUCAGCAGGAGCAAGAGGCACAGCGCCUGCGAGACGGACACCGGGAGGGAGGUCGUCUGAGGGGUGUGCGUCUGAGGAACGCGGAGCCGUCCUUGGUGGAUAUAGCUUCGGAGUUGGGCCUACCUUGCGAGCAUAUGCAUCGGAACAGGCUGGUGGAUAGCAUCGUUCUGCCGCUCUGUCCGCUGCGAGCACCCGGGGCGGAAGAUGAUGUGAGGUAUCACUUUUGGCGCUGGCUCGCAGAUUGCCGGACCGUUCCUGCAGCAGACCUCGUAGCAAAGGCAUCUGUCAGUUUUCCUGCGACACAGCUACGGCGAUGUAUGCUGAGUCUUUGCGAAGAUGUUCCGUUGGAAAGUAUUGAGAGGAGGCAUGGAAGCGCGGCUGCGGAGCUGGAGCAAUUGAGCCAGGCCACCGUUGCCAUCUUGCAACACCUUUCUGCUUUGAAUGUUCAGUUUCCAGCUGAAGUGCCAGAGACUUGGACCACUGCGAUGGAACAACUGCAAAGCAUCAGAUGGCCAGACCGUUUGUCUGGAUUGCAGUGCAGUAGUUUGCUGGCUGUGUUGUUGGAGAAUCGGCCGCUACAGCGCAGAGGUUGGUGGCAGUUGGUGGAUUGCUGGGAUCGCGCAGAUCCAGUGGAUGUAGCAGAGCGACUGUGGAGCCUGGGCACAUGUCAUCAAGCUGGACCAGCAGUGGAGCCAGACAGUGGCUUCCAGGAUCGAGAAGAUGUUUUGGAGGUGGGUCGGCAGAAAGCGUGGGACUUUUGCAAGGUUUCUGUGGACGUUUGGUUCGGAGACACAGCGGUCUUGGGCACACUGAAGCACAAGCGCAAGAGUCGUGGAUAUGAUGAGGCAGACAAACUCUUGUUGCGCACUUUGAUGCGGCGCUAUGGCUGGGAAAGACAUCUGGACGAGAGCACAGCGUGCACGUGGAUGGAAACCUUUGAAGCAGUCAAGAAGGCAGAGGAUUGGUCUCGUUUUGCUUGGUUUCUGGUCGCGCACUUGUUGCACCCUGCUUGUCGUGAGAGUUUGCGUGCGUGGCACAAUCCGGUGACCGUUUUGGAGUCGAGAUUAGACCGCAGUGGUAUUGCCCAGGAGGUGGUUACUUUGCACGAUGACUUGUUGGCCUGGCAAGAUCUCCACGGGUGUUCUUCGUUGCCCGAGAAGAAGCAGCAUGCAGACUUGGCGAAGAGGGUGGGCAAGUAUUUCAACAGCAGGGAGGCGCGUGUGAGGACCCUCCAGAAAGCUUAUCCUGCAGACUUUGCGCCGCUGCCUGGUUACAGAGUUGAGUGUUUGUCCUUGGAAGGCGAUUCCCUGCGUGGUGUACUCUGGCGGUCUGCAGCUGAACGUGCUCUGAUGUUUUCGAUCCCUGGAUGGAGAGAAGAGGGCAAGGGCAAGGAGGAGUUUCAUCCCUUGCAGGAUUUCUGUAAGCAUUGGUUGCCAGAAGCAGACGAGAUGGAGUGUCUUGAUUUGUUGACGAACACACAGCGCCCUGUCACGUGGAAGCUCGAGCAAGUCGCGAGACGAUUGGACUGUUCACCCACGGUAUCUGGUGUGCAAGAAGCCUUAGCCAAGCGCUUACUGCGAUCUUUCCCUGAGGAUGCAGGUGAAUGCCUACAGAAAUUCUGCUGUAGAUUGUGUCCAACCGACUGCGCAGAUGCAAAGUCCUUCAAAGAGCACGUCGCACAGGAGCACGCUGGCGUCGGGCUGCAAGAUACUCCCCGGAUGCUGAUUGAGUAUCGCAAGAAGAUUCUCGUACCAGGUAUGAGCAGACAGAGGACAAUAGCUGCCAACUUUGAUGAGCGCUUGCGUUGCCCUGCAGGCACGAGUGAGGAGGGCCGAGUGGAAGCUGCCUGUGUGGUGUGUGCUCGACGUUUUUGGGCGCAUGAGUUGAACAAGGUGCUACUCUUCACCGAUCCUGCCCAAGCAGAAGGGCUACCACGGCUCCCGGAUGGAGUGGAUGCAGCAGUCCGUCCAUCCCAGCAGCAUCGACUCUGCCGCCUGCUGGGAGUUCCACGCUAUGCUGAGCGCUGGCCGCACAUUGCUUUGGAGGAGUUGCAGAAGUCUGCCGUUGAACAUCCUUUCCUCCCAGGUGAAUAUGUGCUCUUGCACCGGCGGCGCAUGCCGGAAGACGCACGACAGCCGUCCCCUGUUUGCCGGGACUGCCGCACCAGCCUGACAGCCCAGAUUCUGACCUUGCCGCGCCACGCCCUGGCGAAUGACCUGUGGCUUGGCAGAGCCUUGCCAGAGCUUCGUUCCCUCUCCGCGGGGACGAAGCGGCUCUUGCCCCUGGUGCGUGUGUGCAUGCAGGUCACCGUCCUGCAGCCGGUGGUGCUUCCCCACGCCGAACGGCAGAAGGGCUUCAUCGGGAACACCAUCUUUUUGCCGCAAGCCAGUCCUUCCUCAGUCGAAGCAGUGUUGCCACCCCGCGCAGAGGACAUGGCCGAGCACAUCUUGUUCGUCUUGGUGGGCCACAACAGAGGCGACCUGCGAUCGUCGGCCACGAUGCAGGCACCUCGAGAGGAAUACGUUGCCGCUGUGGAGCGCCUCCGACAAACUUCCAAGUACUACGCGGAGGCAGCGGUCGAUCUCAGUCGAUGGUCUGGCCAGGAGGAGACUAUGUUUGAAGGCUGUGUCCUUGAGACGGACGCAGACAGCUAUUUGGCGAGAGAGCUCUUACAACGGGGACCGGCGGACGCUCAAGGCCAAGAGAGCAGCCAGCAGGAGGAGGACGACGCUGGCAUGGCGGAGGACACUGCAGAGUCCGGUCAUCUGAUUUCCAGCAUUGUCGGCCUGAAUGACACCUCGGACGAUGAGAAUCGUUGGUUGCGGGUUUGCCGAGAUGUGGAGGAUCUGUGUCGUCGAAAGCCUCGACAGUAUGACACUGAUGCAGAGCUGGUCGUGCGCAAUCGGGCCAACAAUGACCUGGGUGUGGAUGCUGCGCAGAUGGAAGGAGCAAAUCUACUGGGUCGAGAAGGUGCGCACGAACGUGGAGUCCUUCGUCGCAUCCGGCAGGUCCAGACUGUGGCCGCGCAUGGGGUGGAGACAGAGCGACAAGCGCAAGGGCAAAUGUUUGAGGUCAGGCCACAGAAGUUGGUGGUGCCUUCUCGAGAUACCCCUCUGAGCAUGUUUGAGCCAGGGACCUGGGCAAUGGCUUUUCCUACGUUGUUCCCUUGGGGUGACGGGGUGCCUUUCUUGAAGAGAGAGACGAGCAUGGAAGCUUCUGAAGUGUUUCGUUAUUUACUCCUACGCGAAGAGCUCCAGUACAGCGGUGAUGCAGGUGUUGAAGAUGAGGAGCAGUUGCUCCCGACGAUGUAUGAUGUCCAACGUCGUUUGACGUUGAUGCGGACCUCCAAGGCCUAUGUCAAGAGGAGUGGCUUCGGCCGCCACUGCUCGGUUAUAGCCUCCGUGACCUCCGAGCACCUCCUGAAGGCUAUGGCGCUGCACGGGGAGAAAGCGGACAUCCGCGAGUUGCUCCGCUCCCCGGACGUGGACGUGCCGCUCAAGCGCGCACUGGGUAGUGUCCUGCAGGCCAGUUCCAACGUUUUGGGCACAGAAGGUCACCGAUCUCAGAUCCGUCUGCGAGGCCACGCAGCUGGGUGGCAUUACGGCCCAAGUCACAUUUUUGUGACACCGAACUUGGCGGACUCGCGAGCUUCUCUGCUUUUGCAAUUGCAUCUGCAGGGGGGCUCGCGAGUCGAGGCCUAUGAGGUCGACCUGGCCUGGGACCUCGAGGCACCAGCGCUGCCCUCGCUGAGCGCAAUGCGUCGCAUUCUAGCUGCCGACCCAGUCUCUCAAGCAAGGUUUUUUGACGUGAUGAUGACCUUGUUCUUUGAGGAGAUAUUGAGCACGUUGCCGCCGCUUACACGCGCCAGCUUCCGAGGCGGUCUUGCCAGGGACUUCGAAGAUGGUUUUGCUGCUUCCACUCAUGCUGGUUGCUUUGGAGAUGUGGCAGCCUUUUGUGGCCCUCUUGAGACGCAAGGACGCGGUUCCAUGCACCCACAUAUUCUGGUUGUGCUUUUGGGGCACGACUUGGGCAAUCGCCUUCGCUCUGUUUUGGCCACCGCAGCGCGUGGAGAACUGGUCAUUGAGUUGGAACGCUGGAGUCGCGCCGUCCUACAAGCAGCCAGCCGUAUUCGCUACGACAGCCAGCAAGCUCUCAGUCAGCAGUUGGAACAAGAAGUCUGUCCACUACCGCUGAGCGAAAAUCAGCGUGCUGCGUGUGGGAGGCAAUACAGCGACGUGCCACUGAGGUCAACGGAGCCAGACGGCCACGAAGCGGCGACGGAGUCCAGUACACCUCUCCGACUGACCGGAUGCUUCGCUUCACUACGUCCACAUUAUGUCAGGGCGAGCAAGGCCGCUGCUUUCAACGCGGCCAGUUGGUCGGGCGCCCUCUGUCGCGACUAUCGUCGGCUGGUCAUACAGAAUCACUUCCACAAGUGCACGAAGUCUUGUUUCAAGAAGAACGCUGCGAAAGGCAAGCGGGGAUGUCGAUUUGGCUGCUUCCACGUCGAACUACACAAAGAAACGGAAGACUCUGGACUGGAGAAGGUGCGCGCGCGUUGUUUGAAGGGAUGGCCUCGAGUUCAGCGUGCGCAGUUUAUGAUUCUACCACGUGAAAAUGUUCCAUUGGAGGAAGAGGAGGCCAUGAAGAAUGAGAACCCCCAUGUCUUUCAACCUCAACGGGACCAUCCCUUCGAAGGCAUGUCGAAUCCCAUAGCUCAAGUCAGCAUGCGGUGCAACGUCGACGUGAAAUACUUGGGACGUGGUUUUUGCGAUGCCGAUUUGCAGAAAUUGGCUGCCAAUGAACAGGAUGGAGACGGACAGGGCGGAGACGCACAGCCACCAGACGGGGAGCGCAAAAAGAAGGACAAGAGCUUGGACGCGCGGUUGCACAGAGUUGUUGUGGAUAUGUUUCGGGACAUGCAGGAUGUGCAAUUUUAUACUGGGGAGUACGCGAGCAAGAAGUUCGAAGUGUCUCGAUCUCUGCUGCCGGAACUCUUUGCCGGCGUUCAGCGUCUUGAAGCUGAAGAGGAACAUCAAUACCGGCGGUCAGGAGACAUGCCGAGCGGCCAUGACGCCGCAGUGGCGGAGGCGGCACCGGUGCCCGAGGCUGCGCCGUUGCCUGCAGAAGUGGCCAGGCUUGCUUUUGGCAUGCAGAGAUGUGUUGCGAAGUCCAAUGGGGAGAUGGCCUACCAACUUUUGUUUCAGCAGGAGCAACUGGUCAGCUACAGUGGCUACAACAUGUUCUUUCGGUUUGUGCCCUAUGCCAUGUUUCGUUGUCGCGCAGUGGCCUUGGACGCAGCCGCCGCCAGCGCGCCUCAUUUGAAAGUUCUGCCCCUGGAGCCUGUGGAGGCUGAAGAGAUUGACGCAAUCCCUGUGCAAGAGGUUGCUGAGGUAUUCGACGAGGAAGAUUUGACGGAAAGUGGGAUCCCGACAGGUGGCACGAGGGUUGUGUCGCACAAUCAGAAGGAUGAUUACUUGCAUCGUGGUGCUUCAGCCGUUAUGACGUCUAUGUCUUUGGUUAUGUAUUCUCGUUAUGUGCGACGAGUUCCUCGUAGCCAAGCUGGUCGCGUUGAUUACGUCAAAUUUUUUCCCUUUGAUGAACACUAUGCACAUUUCCAAUUGUCAGUGCAGGAGUUGCGAACAGCAGACGACAAUGUUGUGGUGCCUGUGGAUUUGCGCCUUCCGGGGCAGAAUGAACCUGAGAAAUACGCUGCGUUUAUGCUGGGUUUGUCGUUGCCCUUUCCACGUUGCCCGGGUGCACAGCAUUGUGGAGAAGCUUGGCAAUGUUUUCAUUGUCAUGAGAUUGAAAAGUUGGAAGGGAAAGGUUUCCUGCGAGCCUGUUUCUCCAAGACCUGGAAACAUUGGAAAGCUUGCAUGCAGGUGCGCAAGGUGAAUGCGCAGGAACGACUCUUGGCUGGCUUGAGUUUACCUUUUCUGCAUGACUUGGUGGGCUUACGCGAGUGGUACCCUGAUAUCUCCGAAGAGAUGCCUGCGCAGGAGCCCGCAGGAGAAGAUGCAGAGGACCAGGCAAUUCUGUUUCCGAGCGCCUCCACACCUUCGCCUCUGUCGAGUACCUAUCAUUUGAUGUGGUGUCUCGGGAAGGUUUUCAAGGGCAAGCAUGGUCGCUACGUGGACCUACCUCGGAUACACGAAAGGAUUUGUUGGUCUUUGGGAAUCCCUUGUGGUUUUCACUACACACAGUUGACUCCGCUGGAGCACAUGUCUCAUGUGCAGCUGCAGUGGUUGGAGAGAUUCCGCCUGCACCACGAAGCACGACAGCUCAGCAGCAGCCAGAGGAGAGCCGAGCGCUUUGCUUACAUGACCAAGGAAGAGGAGGGCGAAGACGACGAUGUCGGUCCCGUGGACAUAGAAGGAUCUGAUGUGGAGAACGAUCUCGAGCACGAAGAUGCGAUAGAGCGCAUGGAUUGCGCCGAACAUCCUGUGAGCCGAGAAGCUUUGAAAGAAGUACUCUUUCGUGAGAAAGACUGGAAGCGUUGCCUGGCGGGACGCGACAACCGCACGAAGUUUGCUCUGAGCAGAUUGAAGCAAGUGGUUGAGGCCAUGGGUGGCUUGCCCAAUGUGACUGUCAACGUUGAAGGCGAGCGUCCUCUGGAUGGUGCUCUUCGUCGCGCAUGGGCCUAUGCUGAAGCACAAGACAUGUUUGACCGGCAAUCCCAGUACCUGGAGAAUCUGUCUGGAGGUGUUCCAGAUGAUGCUGAGGAGGAGUUUGUCCCGAGUGGCCUGGAAGCGAUGACUGCGACGGAUCCGUUCUUGAUGGAUCUGAACGCGCAGAAUCUGCGACCGAGGGACUAUGCCUUGAAGCUGGUGGAGGACCAAAGCUGGUGGAAAAUCAUGGGGUGGAUCGAACGACUGGUGUCCUUAAUCGCAAGUGUUCCGAACACGCGACAGGAGUGCACGCUCAACGCACAGCAGAUUCGCGCUGUGGCUCCCAUUGUACGCACGAUCGAUGAAAUGUGGGAGAAGCGCACCGAAGCAAGCACCUGCUUCGCCAAUGGCCAGCCCAGUGAGCGGUGCAAUUGUCUAUGGCUUGGCGCGGGGGGCUCGGGCAAAACGUGGGCAUACACCAAAGUCUUGCGACCUUUGUUCCAGCGCUUCUUUGGCUUUGGUCGCUACACUGCCGGGGCACCGACCCACGCGGCCGCGCGGUUGUUGGGGGCAGAAGCUAGAACUCUGCACAAACUGGCGAACAUUUCCCCCAACUCCGCACUACACCGCGGCGCCAUCCGAGGGCAGCGGAACAAAAAUGAUGCCUUGGAGCAACAGAUCCUGGCGUCAUUGGCCUGCAUCGUCGAUGAGCUGUCGAUGAGCGCAGCGGAUGUAUAUCAUGCUCUUGGCCUGCGCUUCUCGGUGAAGCGCUGUGAGAACUGGGCGCUGGACCUGAGCCGCUAUCUGCAGGAGUGGUUCGGCAAGAUGCCGAUAGGGCUACAAUUGGGCGACUUCCUACAGUUGCGCCCUGCCGCCCAAGCGAGCCUCUGCGAAUGGGUGGAAGUUCCGUCAGCGGUAGAACCAGCGCCACUGACGGAACUUCAAGAAGCCGAAGCCCCAGAGCAGGCCAGCAACGCAGCCGAGCUGGGGCGGCUCUUGUUCAAGAACUCCAUGGGCAUUGUGGUGCACUUCACUGGAACUGGGCGUUUCUCUUCUUGUGCUUCUGGCCAAGCUUUGGUGGCCAUUUUGCAGCACAUGCGGCAAGGCACCGCCAUGACGGACGCACUCUGGGCGCAACUCCAGAGUCGUGUCUACGAGGUCCAGCAACUGCAAGACCUCCAGACCGCGCCUUCGCGCCGGGUGUUCUUGCGGGCCUACUGGGGUGCACUUGCCUGGGAGCAGGUUGCUCGGUUGCAACAGUUGCGAGCAGUGCUUGAGGCGGAAGACGCUGGAGAACGGCUGUACUUCGUGCAAGCCAUCGACAAGCCCACCGGCGACGCCGCGCUGUCUUCCGCCCAGGUCAGCGCAGCUCUGCAGCAUUUGAACAUGACCAAGACUGGGUAUUUGAUUGGCAUGUGUCCGUUGUUUCUUGGGAUGGAAGUGCGCAUUUCGUGCAUCUUGCCGGAGCCCUUGCUGACGCGUGAGCUCCCGUGCAUAGUGCGACGCAUAGAACUACAUCCCAAAGAACCUCCGACGCCACCUGGAGCAGCUUGCGUGGUCCUGCAGUACCAGCCGCUUGGAGUUUUGGUGGAGGUCGCAGACAGUGAUUAUGGUCAGUUUCAGGUCCCUGGCGACGACGUACCCAAGGGUCAUUUCUACGUGAGGCCUGUGUUCAACAAGCAAUCGGCCUGGGUCUUUGAGGUUGCGCCCAAGCAGAAACUUCGACUUGUUCGGAAACAGGCUUGGGACGCACUAACUUGUUUUGUGUUCUCUGGUACACAUCGUAUCGUCGCCGUGUCGGUCUGUCUUUCUCGUUUAGUUUCCUUUAUGCGCAGGUACCCUUGGCCCCACAGCGAGCGCUGA